UCCCAGGAAGAAUCAUGGCUGCUUACUGUUCAGCGAUGGUAUUUAUAUUUACAGUUCGUUUGUUUCCCAUUUCGUUGCGAACUGUGGAAGAGAGAGUUUGUGUCCUUCGCCUAUCUUAGUAGGAUUUAAGUCCACCUAUUAGUUCGAGUAUCUGUUAUUUUCCAGUUGUUUUAACACCACCAUUAAGAACUGAUAUCUGUAUUUUUCGCUGAGCUGUCGAGCUGCUCAUCGGAGAGGGGCUGUGAUUGAUUUACCUUUGAUAGCGCGGUAAGCUAGCUCAACUACACGACCGCGAAUUCACCGCAUACACAACGGGCAAUCUUCGCAAUGUUUAGUCCCGUGAAGUCUUCUUAUUUCAGAGUCAGUCCAGCCAUUGUCAACCGAGAACUCGGUAAGACCAAGAUGAGAUAGCAAGAGGGCACGUUAGAGUGUUAAAACACGCGUUUGACUGGGAGACGUCAAUCCCCGUACAACUGAGAGAAAAACGAAGCAAUAAAACCCCACGCAACAUGUUUGGGAAUCUUUUUGAAGAGGAGGGGGAUGAAGGUUCGUCCUUGGCCUCAACUAAAGGAAGAAUUGUGAAGGGUGGAGAUGAGCCACCUCCACCCCGGGGACGGAGCAGUCUGUGCGGCAUCAAGAACCAGGGUGGGACCUGCUACCUCAACUCUCUCCUCCAGACUCUGCUCUUCACUCCAGAGUUCAGAGAGGAGCUGUUCAGUUUGGGGCCAGAGGAGUUGGGACGUCUUGAAGACAAAGACGAACCGGAGGCGAAAGUCAGAGUGAUUCCGCUGGAGCUCCAGAGACUGUUUGCGCGUUUGUUGCUGGUGGAUCAGCAGAGCGCCUCCACCGCCGACCUCACCGACAGCUUCGGUUGGAACAGCAGCGAGGGGACUAAUCAACACGAUGUGCAGGAGCUGAACAGGAUCCUGUUCAGUGCAUUGGAGCACUCCCUAGUGGGCACCAACGGCAGUACAUUAAUCCAACGGCUCUAUCACGGGACCAUUGUUAACAGCAUUGUCUGCAAAGAGUGUGGAAAUGUCAGCCAGAGACAGGAGGACUUCCUGGACCUCACAGUGUGUGUUUGUGGUGUAUCUAGCCUGGAGGAUGCUCUGUGGAACAUGUUUGUAGAGGAGGAGCUGUUUGAGGGGAACAACCUGUACCGCUGUGCUCACUGUGACAGAUUAGUCACUGCUGCCAAGUCUGCCAAGCUAAAGAAGCUGCCUCCAUUCAUGACCAUGUCUUUGCUGAGAUUCAGCUUUGACUUCGCCAAAUUUGAGCGAUACAAGGAAACGGGUCGCUACAGCUUUCCUCUCACUAUCGACCUACGACCAUUCUGUGAACAGACGGAUGAAGAAGGCUCCGACUUCACCUACGAGCUGUUUUCUGUGAUUAUCCAUAAGGGCGGCUGCUACGGUGGCCAUUACCAUGUUUACAUCAAGGAUAUUGAUGAACUCGGCCAAUGGGAGCCACCCGAGGAAGACUGCAAACCCACAACUUUGACAACAAAAGUCAAAGAGGAGGUCAUGGAAGCAUGUGAGUCGAAAAUACAAGAUGACGACCCUUUGUCUGUCCUGACUACUCUAAUUGCUCAGGAGGCAUCAAAGACUGUUCUGGUGGAUCAGCUGGGUCAGAAACUUAUGGACAAAAUUGGCUUGUCAUGGAACAAAAAGUUUAGAAAACACUAUGGUCAAAUUGGAAAGUUCCUGCAGUCCCACAGUGAUGUUUUCAUGCUGGUGUCCAAUGGUACUCGAGUGGCACUGAAAGCGAAUCCACCCAGCCCUGUGGCAGAACCUCCUCACCCAGCAGAGCAAGCCUUCAACUGUGAUCCUUUAACAGAUCCAGAACCACCUUCAGAAAACCCCAAAUCAAAAGCAGAGCAGGGUAGCCACUGGUUUGACCUUAACGACUCCAACGUGACUUCCAUCAGGGAGUCGGACAUAGAGAAGCAGUUCCAGGGCAAAGAGAGCGCCUACAUGCUGUUCUACAGAAAAACACAGCUGCACAGACCUUGUGAAGCCCUCAACAAUCCCCAAUAUAAAGUUCCCUCUCACCUCAUCCAGAUGGCUCAGGAGGAGAACAUCAGUCUGCAGCAGAUGCGUGAAAAAUCUGAGGCCACAAACAACACAGUGGAGCUGCGUCUGCACCUGGCUUCCUCCUACAGGCUGGAAAAUGGGGCCCUGCAGCCAAUUAAAGAAUCAAAUGGGUGUAUUUCUCUUAAUUUUGACCGGAGAAAGCCUGUGGGGGAUCUGCGCAUCACUAUCUAUCAGAUGCAGGAAUUCUGGGAAGGAGAUAUGGCUCUUACCGUGGCCAAGAGUCUUCCAGCAGGUUUACAUCUUUACAAAACUCUCACAGAUGACAGUGUAUCCCUGUACAGUGCAGGAAUCUACACGAACACUGAACUCUUUGUCUGGAAUGGCAGAGAGGUGUUUGGCAAAACCGUCCAAACGGGAGCGGAGUGGGAGCCGGUCUUGCUGAAUGUCGUCCGUCCCUUUCUGGGUGAAGAUGCGGAUAGAGAGAUGGAGAAUGGAAUGGACUUUGACAAGAGCGGGGGAGACUUUGAAAAUAGGGGGCCAGGCCUUAAAAGGGAAGCGAGAGGGUUUGCAGGUGGCUCUACUCUUGGGCAGGUGAGGGAGGCACUGGGGGAACCGAAGGAGAGCCUGCUGUGCCAGGAGCAUAAGGGUGGGAAGGGAAGAGAGCAGGAAGCAGGAGAGGGAGGGGGUGCCAGUGGAUGGCGGGUCUUCCCUCCUGACGACAUGCAACGUACUCUGAAGGAGCUGUCGCUGAAAGAUGGAGAUGCUCUGCUGGUGUUGGAGCCUCAGUCCUUUGACAGCAGUGUGUUCAAACUAAAUGGAGACGUCGUCACAGUGACCACACCGUCUGACUGCCGCUGGCUCCAAGUGGAGUUUCGACCGCAUUUAAAAGGAGAAGAGGAAAAAGAGGAUGAGAGGAAGAAAGUCAAGGUUCCAGCCACAGGAAACAUGCUGCUGUGUGAAGUCAAACAAAGGGCCAAAGAAGAGCUGCAGCUACAGGAUCCUCCCUCAGGUGCACAGUUCUGUCUGAGGCAGCUCGACUGCACGGGGAAACUCCUUCCUCCAGUUUGUGAGGAGCUGAGUGUUCGGGAGGCAGGCGUGCGACUCAUGACCACACUGACUCUCUGUCCGGGAAACAGCCCCAAGGCGUCACAGCUCUUCUUGUUCUUCACUGUGGGUUCAGCUCCCUCUGCUGGCAUGGAGAUGGACAUAAUUGUGGAGAAGAACUGUACCGUCAAAGAAUGUCUGAAUGCAAUGUUGAAUGCUGUUGGACUUGAAGGCACAUGUUGGCAUUUGAGGAGACUGGAUUGGUGUGAAGAGGUUGGAGAGCCUCUGAUGGAUGAGGAUGUGUGCCUAUCAGAACUGAAGAUUGUAAACGGAGAGACUUUAGUAGUCGCAGAGGGACUUUUACCUCCAAAGGGGUUUCUGAAGCUAUCUAUAUGGAUGUGUUUGGAUCCAAAACACAUGGAAACGAGUGUUAAUCACACACAUAGCAGCUCUGCCGGACAGCAAAAUCUGGGGGUUGAGAGUUCUGAUGGAGCCCACUUUCAGUCCCCUCACUUCUGCAGCAGGAACACCCCAGAGCCGAUUAGUGUGGGGCUGGUGGAGAUUUCAGAUGAGGCCACUCUGGAGGACCUCAAGACUCAGGUGUUGACACUGCCAGCCCUUCAGGAUGUGUGUGCGCCAACCUCUGGGUUUGUGCGCCUGUGGCAGAUGGAGGGACAGAGGCUUGCGCGUAUUCUCAGAGGACCACAAGUCACACUCAGGAAGUUGAAGCUCAGCAGUGGUGCAGACCUUUGUGUGCAGCACCUACAGAAGGAAGAGGAUCUUGGGGCUAAGCAAGUUCUUCUGAACAUAAAGAUGGGAAUACCUGGAGAGAAGUCUUACUACCCCUCAGAGGAGCUGGUCUGGGACGCGUCUCAUGAUUCCUCCCCCCGUUCCCUACGUACAUGUCUGGCUGCACACUAUGGCCUCUCUCCUGACUCUCUACUUUUGGCCAAACACCAGCCAGAGAAACACACCUGGGAGGAAAUCUCCAACUGGACACAGCAAGUAUCAAAAAAGAAGAAGAAGAAAAAGGCAGAAUCACUGCUAGGAGCACCGUUCCACCUCAAAGAUGGAGAUAUAAUUGGUGUAAAGAACCUUUUGGUUGACAACAACAGGGACUUCAUCACCAUGGAGGACAAGCAGGGACAGCAGAGACUCAGGGAUCAGGCAGAGCAACGCCGGAAAGGAGGGCAGACUGCAGCCUCUGAUGGUGCAGAACGAGCCAAAUCCAGGAAGGCAGAAGUGCCACUGUCAAUCAGCGUUGGUGUAUUCAGAUAGCAUCCUUCCUCCAUCGGUGUAUGGACAAAUCAGGACUUCUGUAACAGUAUAUGUGCACACACAAUUAGAUAUCACACUGCAGAUUAGGACAAUCCAACCAAAUCAGUAUUCACCGGUUUUCUUUAAAAAGAAAAGUUUUAGUGUCAUUCUCUUUAAACCUUUUAAAUAUUACAAAAAUAUAACCAUAAAUUCAUCCCUUGUACUCAUCUUUGAAAGGGUGAGAAGCAAAACUUUUUUUGUAAUGAAAGGUCGUCAUACCUUUCUAUAUCGAUAUGCAUCCCGAUAAUGAUCCUUCUUUUUUAAAUAGACAUAAUUACUUGCUGGAGUUGCUACUGACUUAAAAGUUAACAAUUUAUUUAAGAACACUCUCCAGUGGUUUUUAAAUUAUUUCUUUCUCUGACAAAUUCAAAUUCAGUUUAAUGCAGGGAAUUGCCUUCUCUAAAUCUAAAACAUAAUCUUUAUAAGGUACAAUAAGCCUGAUUUUAUGAUAAAAGGUGUCACUUUGCAUUAUGGUUAAAAACCUUUUCUCUAGACUGGCUGUACGGAUGAUGUUGUUUUAAGGUUUUAGGGGAGAGGAGAGAUAGGCCUUAAUGUGGAGAAGCUCCUGUGCUGCUCUGCGCUCCCUACCUCACUCUCGACCUCUCCCACUUUUCUUCCUCUACCUCUUCAGCCCUGUCUGUAAAUAACUUUUUUUCCCCUGAUCCUUAACUUUUCACCUGUUUUGUUUAAACAAAUAAUAGAAAAGGAGAUACUUUGAAAACAUUGUUCAACAUUUUAGCCUUGAGCACUUAACGCUAGAGGAGCCAUGAUGAAAUAACUUGGUCAAUGAAUUCCUGCCUUUUUCAGAAGUGAAGCAGGAACCACAGGUUUCUGCCAUUUUUAAUUUAAAAAGAGCUGUUCAGAGUUGAAACUAUUUGAAAGUUAUAUGGGUGGUUUAAAAAAAAAAGCCCAGAAAUAUACUGUAAACCUUUAUAAUCUCUCGGAUUUCAUUGAGGAAUAUGUUACGCUUCAUAUUGCAUGCACUAUAUGUGAGCAUCACGGAAUCAAAACUGAAACAUUUCAAUACUGUAUGAAUUAGAUUUUUUUGGGGGAGGAUUACUUUUGGUAUAGAAGGUUUUCACACUACUGGCCUUGAUCAGUGCCAAUAAUUAUCUAGAAGAAUACAGUGUAUAGAUAAAAACAGUUUGGUAACAGAUUCAACAAUAGGAAGGGGUUACAUUUUGUAUCAUAUGGUUUCAAUGACCAGUGUUAUUCCCAUUCUUGGUGUUAUUGAUCGUGACUGAUCUGCUGUUUUCUUACAGAAGAUAUAUGUACUCAUGUCAGAUUGUAUCAACAGAUUUUAUGAACAAUAAAGGUAUGCAGUUCAAACAGUUUAUCAUGGUCUUUCUACUAAACCAGGAUAUCUCUGUUCUCUGGCAAAGGAGGUUGCCUUUCAGGGGAUUGGGAUGAGUAACUUUGCAACUAGUCAUCACGACAGUUUGUACAAACAGUAAAGAUAAUGUCUACAAAUAAAAG